AUGUAAUUCAAUAGUAAGUCGCUUCCUCCCACUUCGGAGGCGUAUAGGUAGCACCAGGAGAUACAGGAGUCUCCUGUUCUGCAUUGGUACAAGUACAAGCUAUACUGACUCGAUAUUCUGUUUACAUCACUGUUGUUGAACAGUCCUCGCUAGACUGUUCCGAUACCUUAGAACAUCCGAGUUGGCAGUGAAAUAAGAUGGUCAUCAGCUUCCUUUCGCCAAGAUCGCGUCAUCUGGCACCACUAGAUCGAAUACUACAAAGGAACGCGGAUUUGUUCCUUUCUCCUCCCACUGCAAGCGAACAUGUCGAGUGCCAACUUCCAAUCCAUACUAACCCUCGACUACUCCCUCGCCACUUCGAACCCCGAAUCAAGGCUCAAAUUUAUAUCCCAACUACGAACCGUCCUCGUCAACGUCGGAUUCCUCUAUCUCUCCAACACGCCCGUAGAUAAAGGCCUCAUCCACAAACUCAAACAUGAUUAUGUCCCUCGUUUGUUUGGUCUACCGCAAGGGGACAAAGACCAAAUAAGGAUGGCCAAUUCGCCACAUUUUCUGGGGUAUUCGAGGAUGGGAAUGGAGCUGACCAAGGGGGAGGUAGAUUGGAGAGAACAGUUUGAUUUUGGGACGGGGUUCGAAGGGGAGAGACCCUUAAAGGCGGGAGAUCCGGCAUAUUGGAAUGUGUAUGGACCGUCACAGUACCCGAACGAAGAUCAACUUCCAGGAUUCAAAGCAUUAUUUGAAUCAUACCUCGCUCAAGUAUCGGCGCUUGCCUCCGACUUUCUCCAACUCGUUUCCGAGGCACUUGGUCUACCUCCCGAUACAUUGGACCAAUUCUACCAGACCAACGACCGUAUGCAUCUCAGCAAGAUUAUCAAGUAUCCUGUACAGCGGGAAUCCCGACAGGGUGUUGGGGCGCAUUAUGAUGGGGCUAUGCUCACUUUCCUUCUUCAAGCAUCAGAAGAACAUCGUGGAUUGCAAGCUCAAAAUCUGCGCGGAGAAUGGAUUGACGUGCCUCCAAAGCCUGAUACGUUUGUAAUCAAUUUUGGAAGAUCACUGGAAUUUGUCACCCAAGGCGUCGUUCGAGCAACCUCUCACCGAGUUCUAGCUCCUCCUUUAGAGUCUAAGACACCCCGAUAUUCGAUCCCGUUCUUCUACAGUGGAAUGGAUUUGGAAGUCAGAGUUGACGGAAGCGCACUGAAAAUGCCUCCGGAAAUACUCAAGCUCCGGGACGAGAGAGGUGUACUUCCAGAAACCGAAUCUAUCAACUAUCCGGAAUACGCUCACGACGUUGCGGGGAAAGUAUAUCUGUUAGGCAGAGCAAAGAGCCACCCGGACGUCGCGGAACGUCAUUAUCCUGAUGUUUUCAAAGAACUUUUCCCGAAAGGAAUGCCCUUGCAUGGUGUAGCAUAUUAAGUUCGUACUACGAAAAAAUCGCUCGUCCAAUUCUUGUAAUGUGUAUGUACAGCGUGUUCGUUGUUCCGAAUGUAUAAAAUAAAGACGUUUCUCGAGUUUAC